AGUGAUCAAAAGCCCCGCAUUUCCCUGCCUUAUCUAAUUUUGUGUCGCAAAGAUGCCCGUCGGUAUGGGAAUCAAUGGCUUUGGCCGUAUUGGCCGUCUUGUUUUCCGCGCUGCAGCCGGCAACUCGGAUGCCGAGGUCAAGGCCAUCAACGACCCCUUCAUGGACUUGAAGUACAUGGUGUACCAGCUCAAGUACGACUCCGUGCAUGGGAGGUUUGCAGGCACGAUCGCAGCCAAGGAGGAUGGCGGCAAGGAGUUCCUGGUCGUGAACGGCAAGGACAUUGCUGUCUACCAUGAGAAGGACCCGGCUUCCAUCAAGUGGGGCGAAGCUGGUGCUGAGUACGUGUGCGAAUCCACAGGCAUUUUUACCACCCAGGAGAAGGCCGCGCUGCACCUGGGUGGUGGCGCCAAGAAGGUGAUCAUCUCCGCGCCACCUAAGGACGAAACACCCAUGUACGUGAUGGGGGUGAAUCACACAGAGUACAAGGCCAGCGACAAGGUUGUCUCCAACGCAUCCUGCACCACCAACUGCUUGGCCCCGCUGACGAAGGUGAUCCACGAGAAGUUUGGCAUCGUGGAGGGCCUGAUGACUACGGUCCACGCGACCACCGCCACUCAGCUGACUGUGGAUGGCCCUUCGCGCGGUGGCAAGGACUGGCGAGGUGGCCGUUGCGCCUCUCAAAACAUUAUUCCUUCAUCCACUGGGGCCGCCAAGGCCGUGGGCAAGGUCAUCCCUGCUGUCAAGGGCAAGCUCACAGGUAUGGCCUUCCGCAUCCCAACUCCUGACGUCUCUGUGGUGGACCUCACCUGCCGCCUGGAGAAGCCUGCCAAGUAUGCAGACAUUGUGGCAGCAAUCAAGGAAGCUGCAGCAGGGCCAAUGAACGGCAUCCUCGACUGGACGGACGACGAAGUUGUCUCCACAGACUUCGUGACCUGCAAGGCUUCCUCGAUCUUUGACGAACAGGCAGGUAUCGCCCUCAACGACAACUUUGUCAAGCUGGUCAGCUGGUACGACAAUGAGUGGGGUUACUCCAACCGACUGGUGGAGUUGGCAAUCCACAUGAAGAAGGUGGAUGGCUGAACAUGACUCAGAGGCACAGAUGUUGCAGAACGAGCUGCUGACAGGAAGCGCAUAGCUUUUAGGCUGGUCCACUGUGAGGACAGAGCCAGCCGCACACAGCCAGAAGG